UCAGUCGCAUGUACACAACAGCACUGACACACAAUCAGUCGCAUGUACACAACAGCACUGACACACAAUCAGUCGCAUGUACACAACAGCACUGACACACAAACACACACAAUCAGUCGCAUGUACACAACAGCACCGACACACAACACCACAAUCAGUCACAUGUACACAACAGCACUGACACACAACACACAGUCACAUGUGCACAACAGCAAUGAGACACAAUUAGUCACAUGUGCACAACAGCAAUGAGACACAAUUAGUCACAUGUGCACAACAGCAAUGAGACACAACACACACAGUCAGUCACACGUACACAACAGCACUGACACACAACACCACAAUCAGUCACAUGUACACAACAGCACUGACACACAACACACAAUCAGUCACAUGUACACAACAGCACUGACACACAACACACAAUCAGUCACAUGUACACAACAGCACUGACACACAACACACAAUCAGUCACAUGUACACAACAGCACUGACACACAAUCAGUCGCAUGUACACAGCAGCACUGACACACACACACACACAGUCGCAUGUACACAACAGCAGUGACAACACACAAACACACACAAUCAGUUGCAUGUACACAACAGCACUGACACAAACACACACAAUCAGUCACAUGUACACAACAGCACCGACACAACACACACAAUCAGUCACAUGUACACAACAGCACUGACACACAACACACACAAACAGUCGCAUGUACACAACAGCACUGACACACAACACACAAACCCAAUCAGUCGCAUGUACACAACAACACUGACACACAAACACACACAAUCAGUCGCAUGUACACAACAGCACUGACACACAAUCAGUCGCAUGUACACAACAGCACUGACACACAACACACACAAUUAGUCACAUGUACACAACAGCACCGACACACAACACCACAGUCACAUGUACACAACAGCACUGACACACAACACCACAGUCACAUGUACACAACAGCACUGACACACAACACACAGUCACAUGUGCACAACAGCAAUGAGACACAGUCAGUCACACGUACACAACACACACAGUCAGUCACACGUACACAACAGCACUGACACACAACACACACAGUCAGUCACACGUACACAACAGCACUGACACACAACACACAAUCAGUCACACGUACACAACAGCACUGACACACAACACACACAAUCAGUUACAUGUACACAACAGCAUUGUCACAAAACACACAAUCAGUCACACGUACACAACAGCACUGACACACAACACACACAAACAGUCACAUGUACACAACAGCAGACACACACAUACACCCAAAAUCAGUCACAUGUACACAACAGCAGUGACAAACACACACAAUCAGUCGCAUGUACACAACAGCACUGUCACACAACACACAAUCAGUCGCAUGUACACAACAGCACAGACACACGCACACAAUCAGUCACAUGUACACAACAGCACUGACACAACGCACACAAUUAGUCACAUGUACACAACAGCACCGACACAACGCACACACAGUCAGAUGUACACUACAGCACUAACACACCACACACAUCAUUCACUUGUACACAACACACACACAAUCAUUCACUUGUACACAACACACACACAAUCAUUCACUUGUACACAACACACACACAAUCAUUCACUUGUACACAACACACACACAAUCAUUCACUUGUACACAACACACACAAUCAUUCACUUGUACACAACACACACAAUCAUUCACUUGUACACAACACAAUCAGUCACAUGUACACAACACACAAUCAGUCACAUGUACACUACAGCACUAACACACACACAAUCAUUCACUUGUACACAACACACACACAAUCAUUCACUUGUACACAACACACACAAUCAUUCACUUGUACACAACACACACAAUCAUUCACUUGUACACAACACACACAAUCAUUCACUUGUACACAACACACACAGUCACAUGUACACAACACAAUCAGUCACAUGUACACAACACACAAUCAGUAACAUGUACACAACACACAAACACACACAAUCAGUUACAUGUACACAACAGCACUGUUACACAACACACACAAUCAGUCGCAUGUACACAACAGCACUGUCACACAACACACACAAUCAGUCGCAUGUACACAACAGCACUGACACAACACACACAAUUAGUCACAUGUACACAACAGCACUGACAAAACACACAAUUAGUCACAUGUACACAACAGCACCGACACAACACACACACAGUCAGAUGUACACAACAGCACCGACACAACACGCACACAGUCAGAUGUACACAACAGCAGACACACACGCACACAGUCAGUCACAUGUACACAACAGCACCGACACACCACACACACAGUCAGAUGUACACUACAGCACUAACACACACACAAUCAUUCACUUGUACACAACACACAUAAUCAUUCACUUGUACACAACACACACAAUCAUUCACUUGUACACAACACACAAACACACACAAUCAGUCACAUGUACACUACAGCACUAACACACACACAAUCAUUCACUUGUACACAACACACACAAUCAUUCACUUGUACACAACACACACAAUCAUUCACUUGUACACAACACACACAAUCAUUCACUUGUACACAAUACACACAAUCAUUCACUUAUACACAACACACAAACACACCCAAUCAGUCACAUGUACAUUUCAGUUCAUUGUCACUCGUUCAUC